UCCAUUUGUCAACAAAGGAGUCAUUCCCGACUCUGGGAUGUCAAGCACUACACGAUGCGUACUAUCUGUGUUGAACUAGAUGCGGCUGCCAAUGCCUUGGAUUUAAGUCCAGACAAUCUUCAAGUUGUUAUUGCUGGUCGCCAUGUAUUCAAGAUAUAUGCCCUAGAAGAAGAUGACUUGGUUGAGAAAGCAAAUCUCCGAGCUGGGAAAAACCCAAAUCUCAAUUUUUCCUGCAAUGAUGUUGUAUGGAACCCCAUAGAAGAUAGUGUGCUUGCAACUGCAGCUACAAAUGGUGCUGUUGUGACAUGGAAUUUAAAUAAGUCAUCCAGAUCCAAGCUUGAUUGUGUCUUUAAUGAUCACAAACGAACAGUUAAUAAGGUAAGUUUUCAUCCAAGCGAGCCACACCAGCUGAUCUCGGGCUCACAGGAUGGGUUCAUGAAGCUUUUUGAUCUUCGUCGCAAAGAAGCAGCAUACACUUUUACAAGUAAUGCAGAGAGUGUUCGAGAUGUGCAAUUCAACCCUCAUUUGAACAUGCAGUUUUGUGCAGUGGCCGAGAAUGGUAAUGUACAACUGUGGGACAUGAGAAGAACAGACCGCAUGGAAAAACAGUUCACAGCACAUGGAGGACCAAUAUUUGCUCUUGACUGGCAUCCAGAAGUCAAAACAUGGAUAGCAACAGCUGGAAGAGACAAAACCAUUAAGGUGUGUGAUGUCUAUGAAGUACCAAACGUGCGCCACACAAUCCAGACUAUUGCAUCGGUGGGACGCGUGAAGUGGAGACCUAAUGCCAAGUAUCAUAUUGCCAGUUCAGCCCUUAUCUGGGACUGCAGCAUCAAUGUAUGGGAUAUCCGCAGGCCUUAUAUACCAUUUGCAGCUUUUAAUGAACACAAGAAAUUAACAAGUGGUAUUGCAUGGCGAGGAGAUCCAAACAGUUUGCUCUCUGUUGGAAGGGACUGCCUGAUCCACCAUGCCUUUAAAGACGCCACAAGACCAAUGGAGAAAGUGAAUCCUGUCGGCCUGGACAUCAGUGUACACGGCAACAUUUCAAAUGCGACUCGCAUCAAGGAAGACUCAGAACCACAAGGCACUUUAGCCAAAUUGCCAAUGUUUAGGAAAUCUCCUGCUAUGAAUGAGCAUUACGGCCAAGUGUUAUCAUCUGUCCACAUGAUGCUGUGUGAGGAGGAAGGUCCAGUAUCACCUCAUCACUUGGUCCAGUCUGCCAAGAAUUAUCUUCUGACAGGGAAAUCCUUGGCCGAAAUAUGUGAGCACAAUGCUGCGGUGGCCAAGAAGCUGAACAGACCGAAAUCUCCUGCUAUGAAUGAGCAUUACGGCCAAGUGUUAUCAUCUGUCCACAUGAUGCUGUGUGAGGAGGAAGGUCCAGUAUCACCUCAUCACUUGGUCCAGUCUGCCAAGAAUUAUCUUCUAACGGGGAAAUCCUUGGCCGAAAUAUGUGAGCACAAUGCUGCGGUGGCCAAGAAGCUGAACAGACCGAAAUCUCCUGCUAUGAAUGAGCAUUACGGCCAAGUGUUAUCAUCUGUCCACAUGAUGCUGUGUGAGGAGGAAGGUCCAGUAUCACCUCAUCACUUGGUCCAGUCUGCCAAGAAUUAUCUUCUAACGGGGAAAUCCUUGGCCGAAAUAUGUGAGCACAAUGCUGCGGUGGCCAAGAAGCUGAACAGACCGAAAUCUCCUGCUAUGAAUGAGCAUUACGGCCAAGUGUUAUCAUCUGUCCACAUGAUGCUGUGUGAGGAGGAAGGUCCAGUAUCACCUCAUCACUUGGUCCAGUCUGCCAAGAAUUAUCUUCUGACAGGGAAAUCCUUGGCCGAAAUAUGUGAGCACAAUGCUGCGGUGGCCAAGAAGCUGAACAGACCUUGUGUUAAUAAUGAUUUUCUCUGUAAACAUAAUAUUUCAACUAAACAAAAUCUCAACAUUUCUAGGAAAUCUCCUGCUAUGAAUGAGCAUUACGGCCAAGUGUUAUCAUCUGUCCACAUGAUGCUGUGUGAGGAGGAAGGUCCAGUAUCACCUCAUCACUUGGUCCAGUCUGCCAAGAAUUAUCUUCUGACAGGGAAAUCCUUGGCCGAAAUAUGUGAGCACAAUGCUGCGGUGGCCAAGAAGCUGAACAGACCGCAGAUUGCUUUGACUUGGCAGAUGUUGCAACUAUUGUAUGUAGGUGCAGGUGGAGGUACCGAUCCUUUGAUAGGAAUCCAGUCUUCAUCAAGGGAUGAUCCUGCAAUUCAGCCAGACACUAGCAUGGAAAAUGAUCAGAGAUCUUCACGCCACUAUUCAGGAGGCGAUGGAGGAGGAGACACAUCUGGUGGAGGCUUUAGUGCAGAAGAAGGAGAUACAGAGACUGAUGAUACAGAUAACCAUGAUCUUAAGCUUACCCAUAUAGCAAGCGGCAUGACCAUCAAUCAAGACUUUUUCUUUGGAGAUGGGGAAAUCAAUCAAAUGCCUUUUGACUAUGACAACCUGAAUAACUUUGAUACAAGCCAAGAUUGGACACUGCCCAAUGAGGCAUUCCAACCUCGCCAUGAGAUCCUCUAUCCAUCUGCCAUGCCACCGCAAGAAUACCAUUCCAAAUGCUCUCCAAGAGAAAUCCAAGAGUCGGGUACUGCAACAGGAUACAUUGUUGAACCACAAUCACUACUUAGUGAGGUGAAAGGACUAGGAACUCCAGCAUGGGAAUGCUCUGAUCUUGUGGUGAAGAUGUUGUACCAUUAUGCCAGUAAUGGGGAUGUUCAAAUGUCUGUAACAUGUGUUAUUGUGCUUGGCGACAGGCUGAAGGAAUAUCUUGACAAGGACCAAGUCGAACAUUGGUUUCUCUCAUAUAUUGAUUUACUACAACGAUUCCAGCUUUGGAAUAUUGCCAAUCAAGUCAUCCAACUGGCAGAGUACACAGGUUUGCCAGUUGUUCAGCAGCAGAACCAGCAGUCCACAACCAUUGCCCUUCAGUGUGGUCAGUGUGGGGCCCUUGUAUCACGGAACAGUCUUUUCUGUAGGAAGUGUGGCUGUCCAACAUCAGCCUGUGCUGUAUGUCAUGGUAUGGUGAGAGGACUGUUCGUAUGGUGCCAAGGAUGCUCCCAUGGGGGCCAUCUGAAUCACAUGAUGAAGUGGGUGGCCAACAAUAAGUCAUGUCCUGCAGGAUGUGGCCAUCUGUGCGAGUACACCUAAGUACACAAUUAAUUGUGAAUUUUAGAUUCUCCUUAUCUUUGAUGUUGGUACUUAUUUCAGAAUCUGAAGUAUAUAUACUUAUUUCCUUUCUUUAUGUUGUGAGAAUACAGUGGGUAUUAACAUUCAAUUGCAGUGAAAAUUUUAAGAAAUUCUCUAAGAAGUUGUUGUAUUGGAGUGAAAUGUUUAUGAUUUACAAAGUUGCUGUUUCCCUUUCCUUGUUACAGGAGAUGUAUUGAGUUCCUAUGUAUUGUAUUGUACUGUAUAUAUAUCUGUAUAUAUUUGAUAUAAGUACAUUUUGAAAACCAUUUUAUAUUAAAAUUAUAUAUAUAAAA